UCCUCUCUGCUUUUCCCUCAAGCAAACGCUUCACAAAAAGAGAGAGCUUCGCUUGAAUCUCCCAGAUUCAGCGAAGAAGAUGAAGCUUUAGGCUUCUGCAUAUAGUGGCUCAAGCACUUCUAGUCUCUCCCACCAAUAAAAAGGCUAGCCAUUUCAUCACUUCAUUCCUCUCUUCUUUUCCCUUCAGUAAAAGCGUCACAAAAAAAGAUGAAGCUUAGGCUUCUGCAUAAAGUGGCUGUAGCACUACUAGUUCUCUCCCUCUAUGAGGUAGCAGAAGGUACCAAGAAACCAGCUAAAACCACCUAUAUCAUCCACAUGGACAAGUCCAACAUGCCCACAACAUUUGCUGAUCAUUUAGAAUGGUAUGAUUCUUCACUGAAAUCGGUAUCGGACAGAGCAGACAUGCUGUACACCUACAACAAUGCGCUCCACGGCUUCUCCGCGAGGCUCACAGCCAAGGAAGCGGAGUUACUCGGGAAGCAACCCGGAAUUCUAUCGGUCAUGCCAGAAGAGAGAUAUGAACUUCACACCACUCGGACGCCGGAGUUUCUAGGACUGGAAAAGAGCGAAGCUCUCUACCCCGAGUCCAACCUGGCGAGUGACGUGAUUGUCGGAGUGCUUGACACUGGCGUGUGGCCUGAGCUGAAAAGCUACGAUGACACUGGACUCGGUCCGGUGCCCAGUACCUGGAAAGGUUCCUGCGAGGUGGGGAAGAACUUCAAUUCAUCUAGCUGCAAUAAGAAACUCAUUGGCGCGAGGUUCUUUUCAAAAGGGUAUGAAGCAGCAUUUGGACCGAUAGAUGAAUCCACAGAAUCGAAAUCACCCCGAGAUGAUGAUGGGCAUGGGACCCACACCUCUACUACUGUGGCCGGUUCGGCCGUACCUGAGGCCAGCCUCUUUGGUUUUGCUUCUGGAAUUGCACGGGGCAUGGCCACACGAGCCCGUGUAGCCGCCUAUAAAGUGUGUUGGCUAGGUGGAUGCUUUGGAUCAGACAUAAUGGCAGCCAUGGACAAGGCCGUCGAAGACGGCGUAAACGUCAUGUCCAUGUCCAUUGGGGGUGGCACAUCCGACUACUACAGAGAUACCAUCUCCAUUGGAGCUUUCAACGCAAUGGCACAGGGAAUCCUUGUGUCGUGCUCUGCCGGGAAUGGUGGACCUAGCUCCAAGAGUGUGGGGAACGUAGCUCCUUGGAUAACCACAGUAGGAGCCGGUACUUUGGACCGUGAUUUUCCGGCCUAUGUCACUCUUGGCAAUGGCAAGAACUACCGAGGCGCGUCACUUUACAGUGGGAAGUCAUUAUCUGGUCCAAUUCCACUCGUGUUCGCAGGUAACGCAAGCAACUCCUCUAGUGGUGAAUUAUGCUUUAGUGGUAGCUUGGUUGCAAACAAAGUUGCAGGGAAAAUAGUGGUCUGCGACAGAGGAGGGAACUCGAGGGCACAAAAGGGUGUGGUAGUGAAGAAUGCGGGCGGGGUGGGAAUGAUUCUUACCAACACGGAGUACUAUGGUGAAGAGCUAGUUGCUGAUGCACAUCUCUUGCCCUCGGCAGCUGUAGGACAAAAAGCAGGGAUUGAGAUAAAAAAGUACAUCUUCUCAGAUCCAAGUCCAACAGCAACCAUUGCUUCCGGAGGCACAGAAGUUGAUGUCCAACCUUCACCAGUGGUAGCAUCAUUCAGUUCCCGUGGUCCUAACCCGCUCAAUCCUCAGAUUCUCAAACCAGACCUCAUAGCACCUGGUGUGAACAUCCUCGCAGGGUGGACGGGUGCUUUGGGCCCAACUGGCCUGGACAGUGAUAAGAGGCACGUGAAUUUCAACAUAAUCUCCGGCACGUCAAUGUCUUGCCCGCAUGUAAGUGGGUUGGCAGCCCGCCUGAAGGCUGCUCACUGGGAAUGGAGCCCCGCGGCCAUCAGAUCAGCACUCAUGACAACAGCCUACACAAAGUACAAAAAUGGUGAAACAAUUGAAGAUGUUGCCACUGGGAGUUCAUCAACCCCUUUCGAUUAUGGGGCCGGACAUGUUGAUCCAAUGGCAGCCCUUGACCCUGGGUUGGUCUAUGAUACAACCGUAGAUGACUAUCUCCGCUUCCUCUGUGCCCUAAACUACACCUCAGACCUGAUCAAGCGCUCCACAAACAGAGAGUUCACCUGCGACUCAAGCAAGAAGUAUAAUGUGGAAGAUCUUAACUACCCAUCAUUCGCAGUUCCCAUGGAAACGGCUUCUAGCAAAACAGGUGGGGUUGGUGCUUCAAGCACAGUAAAAUACACAAGGACUCUAACAAAUGUUGGUAGUCCCGGCACCUACAAGGUGUCAGUUUCUUCACAGAUCCCAUCAGUCAAGAUCUUGGUUGAACCCGAAUCGCUGACUUUCAACACCAUGGGUGAGAAAGAAAGUUACACAGUCACCUUCAUUGCUGGCUCCAUGCCAUCUGGUACAACCAGCUUUGCUAGUCUUAAAUGGUCAGAUGGAAAACACAGUGUUGGAAGUCCAAUAGCUAUCAGCUGGACAUAACCAUUGUUUGAAGACAUGUUGCUAUGACUGUAAUCAAGCUCUGAGAAGGGGCGCGUGGACGUGCUUUCUCUGUCGAAAGAAUGCAUAGAAGCUGGUAUCAUGUAAGAGAGGCUGGAUAGACUAGAUUGCUACCCUUCUCUUGAGAUCAAAAUGUAGGCCAAGCGAAGACUGUAAUUGCACAGAAAAGCAUCGCUCCAAUAUCUAGCGUAUUUAAGAUACCUUUCAAACUUUGAAACCUGGACCUGGUUCUCCUAUAAGUACAUUAAUCGAAAUUGGCGCAUUUAGUUGUCAUCCAUUGUAUCUACAGCACUGGCAGCAUCAACAAUGUGAAAUACCAUGUUGCAAUCAAAAUUAUAUUCCCAAAUUCUUUCCCCCUCAAUUCAAAGUCAUCAGCAGACCCCCACUUCCACCUCAGAACUUGUAGAAAUAACAUAAAAGAGACCCCCUUGAUCAGAAGAAAAUGGAUGAAGAAACACUAAGACAUCCUCUCCUGAAUCAAAAUCUUGACCAGAAUCUAUUUUAAGUGCUAAUUUAUGAUGCAGUUACAACAAAAUAACGGAUCAAGAAAACAUUUACUUCCUGUAUAGCUUAAUGAGUAAAGCAAAGUAACAUUAGUAGACAACUCAAGUAGAAAAAAGGAAAGAGCAGGAUUUGUAUGGAUUAUGAGGAAUGAAAAGGAAUCUAUCGAUGUCCAUUCCAGAGAACAUUCAGUAACAAGAUACAAUAUUUCCUGAAUCACCACCCUUGAGCACUUUUGAUCUUGGGGUUUCAUUCUGCAAUUUGGGUAGCUGAGCAGGUGCAAACUACUAACUUGAAAAUGUGAUCGGAUGUUAAUAAACGAUAGCACACCACAGCUUAAAACUAACCUCUCAAAUGUUCAUAAAAAGUGUUCAAUUUUAACGAACGAAAGGACUCUGCACUAAAGGCAAGCUCUCAAAAUGUUGACCAAAUUCUCUCACAUUGAGAUUUCAGAUAAGCUUUUAAGAGCCAAGAGGAGAAUAUGGUUUUUACAAGAAAUGAUGGUCUCUUGCAAAUCUUCUCCAAAUUUCACAUCAUUACGUGCCUGCAUGUUCAUGACACUUGAAAGAGCUACUAGAUCUCAAGAAGAAGAGAAAGUUCUCAUUGGACUCAGCAUCCCACAGAA